CCGGAGAGCGCAAAGCUUGGGCCACGCAGAUCGGCCAGGGCGCGCCCGCCUAGCCAACGCCAGCUGGCCCCGAUGCGGUCACCACCAGAAGUUCAAGAUUGGCGCUCUCCCUUCACAGUUCGUUCAGUCUAACAAUCAAUCGAAAUCGCUCAUUGUACAAACGGUCUGGAUCCGCUCACGAGGACAUGUCAUAGUAUUUAUCGCAUCUGUAUACUGUUUUGCUUCAUCAUCCUACGCCUUUUUCUCACGUCCUCGUACCUUCAGUGGCUGCAACCUCGACCUACGGUUGCCGUCAACAUCUCGCAGUCUGCCUCUUGCUUGACCGUCUGGACGGCUGGAAAUAUUCUAUACAGAUAGCACAAUGGGCGUUUCCUUGUCUCGUCUGGUUUCCUUGUUCUGGUCCAAAAAGGAAAUCCGUGUUCUCAUUCUUGGACUUGACAAUGCCGGCAAGACAACUCUGCUAUACAGAUUGAAGAUUGGAGAAGUUGUGACGACAAUACCGACUAUCGGCUUCAACGUCGAAUCUGUGACAUAUAAGAACCUCAACUUCAAUGUCUGGGAUCUCGGAGGCCAAACAUCUAUCCGUCCAUACUGGAGGUGCUACUAUGCAAAUACUGCUGCUGUCAUUUUCGUCAUUGAUUCGACAGAUGUUGAACGAUUAGGAACUGCUGCAGACGAGUUGGCGGCUAUGUUGAAUGAGGAAGAGCUUCGGGACGCGGCAUUGCUGGUCUUUGCCAACAAGCAAGACCAGCCCGGUGCCAAAGGCGCUGGUGAAAUAUCGGAGGCUCUGAAGCUAGGAGAGCUCCGUGAUAGAAAUUGGAGUAUUGUUGCAUGCUCUGCCAUUGACGGAAAGGGCAUUAGUGAAGGAAUGGAUUGGUUGGUGCAAACAGUCCAAUCUGAAAACUCAUAAGCGCAGGCGUCUUUGUUAUCGUGUCACGAAUCCUCACUAAUACCACUCGCCUGGCGUUCUCCGUCUUUUACCUCACUUUCCUCGGUUAGACUCUCGGCGGAGGGCCGUAAAGGCCGCGCCAUUUUGUAUAUCACAAAAUCAUCGAGUUUCACAGCCUAGCAAUAGGCCACUACCGAUUACUUUAAUUUGAGAACUUUGUAUCCAAACCGUCACGAAAAGAUACCAAUCUAAGAAUGUCUCACUGUGUAGGCAAUGCCGUAUAUUGAUGAGUACCUACACAUCCCGUACCUUUCCUAGGUCCAAGCAUG